UUUUAAUCCGAUAGAUGACGCUUCGUUGUAAACGUGUCCGUCUGGAAGUGGUCGAGAAUUUUGUUAGUUUACUUCUUAAAAAUUGUGAAUAAUGAGUAGUUCGAUGCGUGAAAGACAAAUUUCGGCCCUUAAAAGGAUGCUUAACUUUAAUAUGCCACCCACGAAGUCUACGGUUAUUGAGCCUGUGUGGAAAGUAUUGGUGUAUGAUAGGAGUGGACAAGACAUAUUAUCACCACUAUUAUCUGUGAAAGAAUUGAGAGAAUUGGGUGUUACACUCCACAUGUUAUUGCAUUCGGAUAGAGAGCCAAUUCCUGAUGUUCCUGCUAUAUAUUUUGUAUUACCCAAUGAUGAAAAUAUCAGUAGAAUAGCUCAAGACUUCAGAAAUCAGUUAUAUGAUCACUAUUACCUGAAUUUCAUUUCUCCCAUUUCGAGACAGAAAUUGGAAGACUUGGCUACGGCAUCUCUCAAUGCUAAUUGCAUUUCCAGUGUUAGUAAGGUGGUCGAUCAGUACCUUAACUUUAUAACCUUAGAAGACGACAUGUUCGUGUUGAGACAUCAAGACCGAGAGAGUCUUUCUUAUUACGGCAUCAACAGAGGCGACGUUAAAGAUACGGAGAUGGAUAAUAUUCUGGACGGCAUCGUCGACAGUCUUUUUUCCGUGUUUGUGACUUUGGGUACGGUGCCGAUUAUUAGGAGUCCGAGAGGAAAUGCGGCAGAAAUGGUUGCGGAGAAGCUGGAUAAAAAAAUACGUGAAAAUUUGAGAGAUCCCAGAAAUAGUCUUUUCACAUCAGAUGCGUUACAGUCUGGCCAGUUCAGUUUUCAGAGGCCGCUUUUAGUUAUUCUGGAUCGUAAUAUGGAUAUGGCAACUCUCUUUCAUCAUACUUGGACUUAUCAGGCUUUAGCUCAUGAUGUUUUAGACCUUCAACUCAAUCGUUUAAUGAUAGAAGAAAUUGAAAAGCCCGGUCAUGUUGGUGCUAAACCGUUAAAGAAAAGCAAAUCUUACGAUCUGAGUAACACGGAUAAAUUUUGGCAACAACAUAAAGGUAGUCCUUUCCCCAUAGUUGCGGAAUCUGUCCAAGAAGAGCUAGAAUCUUACAGAACUUCGGAAGAAGAAGUCAAACGAUUGAAAGCUGCAAUGGGCUUGGAAGGUGAUAAUUCGGAUGAAACUAUAAGUAUGCUAUCAGAUAAUACAGCCAAGUUAACAUCUGCUGUUAGUUCUUUGCCUGAAUUAUUAGAGAAGAAGAGACUUAUAGACAUGCACACUACUAUUGCUACUGCUAUUCUUGAUCAUAUUAAAAGUCGUAAAUUAGAUGUAUAUUUUGAAAUUGAGGAGAAAAUUCUCGGUAAAGCGACAUUAGAUAAAUCUCUAAUGGAUUUAAUUACAGACCCAGAGGCAGGAACUCCAACUGAUAAAAUGAGACUUUUUCUGAUAAGUUUUAUUUGUGGACCACAAAUGACAGAUGCUGAAGUUGAUCAGUAUGCAGCUGCUCUCUUAGAUGCUGGUUGUGAUCUAAAUUGUUUACAGUAUAUGAAAAGAUGGAAAACUUACAGUAAAAUGACAAUAUCUGCCAGUCAGUAUGGGGGAGCAGGUACAAAAACUGUGAGCAUGUUUUCAAAACUCAUGUCUCAUGGUUCUCAAUUUGUAAUGGAAGGAGUUAAAAAUCUUGUUGUGAAGAAACAUAAUCUUCCAAUUACUCGUAUAGUUGAUGCUCUCAUGGAGUUGAAAUCUCUUCAAGAAACAGAUGACUAUAGAUAUUUUGAUCCAAAAUUAUUAAGAGUGACGGACAGUUCGUCGAUUCCCCGUAAUCGUUCACCUUUUCAGGAUGCCAUAGUUUUUGUAGUUGGAGGUGGAAAUUAUAUAGAAUAUCAAAAUCUAGUAGACUAUACAAAAAAUAAAACCGGUUCUUCCAAUAAACGAGUAGUCUAUGGCUGUACAGAUCUGGUAAAUGCCACUCAGUUCUUAAAGCAGUUAUCACAUUUAGGAAUGGAAAUUAAGUGAUUAAGCUGGUGAGAUUUACAUAUAAGUGAUAUUCACUUGUAUGAAGACUGUAAACAGGAAUAAGUGUAUUUCUGUGUCAUUACUUGGUGAUAUAUUAUUUAAAUUUUUGUUUAAAAUCAAGAACCAAAACUAGAAGACCAAUUAAGAUUUUGUUGUUAAAAUUAUCUUUAGAAUUUUAAAUGUUCAAUCAAUCAAUAAUGAUAUUUUACUAUAUAAUUUAAAUAA